AUGGCAGGCAGCCUCAGCCCUUCCCCUCGUGGCGACCAGCCCAUGCUUGAGCGACGCCGUUCCAAAAAUCCGCUCAGAAACAUGAUGCAGCAUCUUACAGUAGAGCCGCCAGAAGACGAGCCCGGAUCACCCCAUAGAGAAUCCCUCAUUCGACGUCUUAGUUGGCGUAAAAGCCGGAGUCCUUCAGCGCACUCUGAUACGAGCGCUCCCACCUCAGCCACCAUCCGCAAUGUUGACCGGGCGUUGUGCUCAUCCUGCUCAAGUCUGGCCGUUGAUAUUGAAUCCACCCUCGAAGAGGUGGAUUCGUCCUUCACCAAGGUUCUGCAUCCUGUCGCGGUAGAUGCCUUUGACAAGAAGGAACACUUUAUUUUACGCCUUCGUGGCCUGGAAGAAAAUAAAUGGUCGACAACCUGUCCGUUGUGUAAGCUCUUCUGGUCGGUGCACGUCCCGGGAGACGGAGACGGAGACUACAGCCUGUCUGCUCUUUCAAGCCGAGACAGCAACUAUCUUAUCGACCCUAUGAAGAUGUUUGAUAUGGAUCACCCCGCAAGAGCCAAGGCGGCAGGAUUAGCCCCCGGCUAUCUGGCUGUCACGCCCAAAAAGACUGGAACAGGAGCGAAAAGCUGGGAUCCCCAGCCAGAUUGGUUUCGAGAACGUGGCAUGCUGUAUAGGACGCUUCCACAAGCUGCGCCUGAGCCAUUUAUGGCCCGAGGGCGAAGUCGAACUGACGAGAGGAGGACGCCAGAACCACCAGCCCUUCUGACCGAAUCCACGUGGCUUCAAAAGGGAAUUUGGGGACGCGAAAUUGGUCGGACAGCAGAUAUUUCCAUAGCCCGGGAGUGGUUACAAUUCUGCGAUAGACAUCAUCAAGGGCGAUGUGGGCGGCGUCAAGUCACCCGGGAAAUGGACGGCUUUAAACUGGUCGACUGUAGCCAAACACCGCCACAAGUCGUUGGACGGUCUUUGAGUGAGAAUUAUAUUGCCUUGAGCUAUGUCUCUGGUAAUAACACGACAGAACCGUGGCCAAUGGUCAUGAAGGAUGCGGUUGCAGUGACACUUGAAUUGGGAUUUCGGUACUUGUGGGUUGAUCAUUUGUGUAUUGACUCAACUAACUUGAAGGAAAGAAUUCAUCAAGUCAGCCGCAUGGAUGAAAUAUUCGAAGGGGCAGUGGUAACUAUUAUUGCUGCGCAUGGCACAGACGCUACUCAGGGCUUACCUGGUGUGGGUUCUGCGACAAGGCCAGAACAACCAAAGUACAAAUUUGCUGAUGGGAAUGUCACUCUCGUGUCGAGCAUGCGAGACCCUCGAAUCGAUAUCAAAGAUUCACUCUGGUACACACGCGGUUGGACCUAUCAGGAGGGUCUUUUGGCGAGACGCCGCCUUGUCUUUACAGGGCAACAAAUGUACUGGGAAUGCGAGGGCAUGUCAUGUCCAGAAACCUUGAUCCUACCUCUCGCCACUUACUACGACAGGGAUCAGGAAAAGAUGUGCGAUUUUAUGCGGCCUGGCCUAUUUAAUGGCGUCUCAUACAUAGAUGGAAGUUGGGAAGCUUGGAAGAAGUUGCCUCAGACGACAGACGACCCGAGCACGCUCAGCAUUUUCCGGACAUCCGAUCAGCACAUCAUUCAAUACACCAAGCGCCAACUUACAUACGACGAGGACUCACUCAGUGCCUUCAUGGGCAUUACACGACGACUAGAGAAGGGCAUCGGGAGAGGCAAGCUUGGUAGCAUUGUCGGAAUUCCGCUGUGGUGCCCCGUGACCACGGACCAGGCUCGUUCCGGACCAGCUCGAACCAAGCUCUUGUUUGCCCUGACAACUAGUUUCUGGCACCACAGAGGGGAUGACAUGCCACAGAGACGCCGCCAUCUACCCAGCUGGACAUGGGCCGGAUGGCGAGGAGCAGUCGAACUACACUCAUCCAUCGUUGUGAUUGAACAAGAUGGAACAGGGAAAGAAAAGAAACUUCUGAACCACCAUUACGUGAGCGCCACACAGAUGACUCGCAAUGAAUGCUCAUCAGUCAAAUGGGCAUACUCGCCGGAUAUUCUUGUUCUGAGCUCGGAUGGCCGAGUAGCUUACGAUUUCUCGCCGACCAGCAAACCACCUACAUUCCCUCCCGGUCGCUACCUGCUGCGCGUAACCAAUCCUCUGGUACUCGACAAGGUCAAGGCUCGAGUUCACAAUGGUGGAUGGAUGUUUAAUGACCUCUGCAUUGAUGUGCGGUUGAGUCGGGGCCGCGGUACGGAACCGAGUGCUACUGUGCCGCUGCCGUCUGGUGCCAAGGGACCGAGCGCAAUUCGAGAAUACGUCGAACAUCACGCCCGUGGAGACCAGAUGACGGUUCUGUGGUUUGUUGAGGAGGCUACAAUCAUGCUGUUGGUUGUUGAGAAGACUGAGUCUGGGUCUUGGGAACGCGUGGGACGGGCGCGAAUGGGCUUUGGACAAGACGCAAAGGAUGUUUUGCGAAGGUUCGGAAACUUGGAGGUUAUGAUCAAUCAUUUACCGUUGCGUCGGCUUGGGUCAGAUAUUUUGAUCGAAUAG